GCAAAACAUAACAUUCUCAAACAUCCGCUAUGUUCCUUCCCACUAUUCUGUGAAUCUCAAUUUCUCCACCCCUCACGGUUCGUUUGUUUUCCUCGCGACGCGGAGGAGAGUGUAUUCAUACGCGCAAGUAGGUGGAGAAAAUAAAAAGUGAACGAUAUUGACUAUAAGCGACAGCCAACACAGUGUGAAAGUGGCACCAGUUGGCAUUCCCAAAGACCGUCGUUUGAUCUGCUUUUCAUAGCUGUCCCCAUAGAGGGCUGUUACUGAGGGAGGUGUCCUCCUAGUUGGUGACGGUUACAGUAGGCGACACGGAGCCUGUACGUUGUCCUGGCCAGUUUUUUUUCCCAAGACUCAAUAAGGUUGGAUUUCAAGUCUUUGACUAGGCACUUUUGUUAUACUUAAUGCACAUAGUGGUGUGGAGGCCAAGAUGUCAUCGAAGAUGCCAAGCUCUAACAACAUAGCCCAAGCCAGGAGGACAGUACAACAGCUGAGGAUAGAGGCCAGUAUUGAGAGGAUAAAGGUAUCCAAGGCCUCUGCGGACCUCAUGCACUACUGUGGCGAACACGCCAAGUACGACCCUCUGCUCAUGGGCAUACCUGCCUCAGAGAACCCCUUCAAGGACAAAAAGCCUUGCACUAUAUUGUAGUGAAGCCUUUUUAUUUAUCUGUUUGCUUCUUAAUGUUGCCUGUAUUUUAUUUUCCGGGGAGAAUUGGGAUCUAAAACCACUACUCAUCCAUCAAUCUUGCCUUAAAGCCUGUAACAUUUCCCUUUAAUGAAAAUGCUGUAUUUUAUCACUCAAUUUGAACUUGCCAUAGUUACAUACAUAACAUACAGUAAACAGUUAGAAUAUACACUGCCAUUCAAAAGUUUGGGGUCACUUAGAAAUGGUCCAUUAAAAUAACAUCAAAUUGAUCUGAAAUACAGUGGAGACAUUGUUAAUGUUGUAAAUGACCAUUGUAACUGGAAAUGGCAGA